UUCCGAAGCGCCACCUUGCUCAUUUCCGAUGUUCUUCUCGGAAAUGGCUGAAACGUUGCGUUUGUGCUAAGAAAACGUGACCAAGAUAGAAUAUUUAAUAACCGAUUGUGAUCCAAGAAACGAGCGUUACACAUUAUUAUCCCGUUGUACGUUGACGUACAUUAAGGCUGUCGCGCAACGGCAUGCAGCUGUCGUAGGUAAAUCGACCACAGUAACACGGAUACAGAAUUUUUCGCAGUAGUCACGGGUAUCCGGGUGCCGGCACAUAUCAAUACAAGCGACGAUUUGGUUAUUGAAAAAAAAUGGCGGCGGAAAUGCAAAGCAAGAAUCGAAUGAUGGUUUUUAAGAACAAAGGCAAAGACCAAGAAGAGAUGAGAAGACGAAGAAAUGAGGCAACAGUGGAAUUACGUAAAAACAAACGUGAUGAGACUUUACAGAAACGAAGAAAUGUGCCUAUUACAGAUUUAAUAGAUGAAGAAGAUAUUGAUAAAAAUAACAUUGAUUUGUCAAAAAUUGAUUUAAAGGAACUGGUAAUGAAAGCUGCUAGUUCAGAGCCACCUGUUCAAUUAGAGGCUGUACAAAAAGCAAGAAAGUUGUUAUCAUCAGACCGUAAUCCACCAAUUGAUCUAUUAAUUGAUAGUGGCAUUUUACCAAUUUUAGUUAAUUGUCUUGAACAGCAUGAUAGUCCAUCACUCCAAUUUGAAGCAGCAUGGGCUUUAACAAAUAUAGCGAGUGGAACAUCACCUCAGACACAAGCAGUUGUAGCUGCUGGUGCAGUUCCACAUUUCUUACACUUGUUGCUUUCAAGUCAACAGAAUGUCUGUGAACAAGCUGUGUGGGCUUUAGGAAAUAUAAUCGGAGAUGGUCCUGCAUCUAGAGAUUAUGUUAUCAAGCUUGGUGUUGUACAGCCAUUGUUAACGUUUAUUAAACCAGAUAUACCAAUUACUUUUUUACGUAAUGUAACUUGGGUAAUCGUAAAUUUAUGUAGGAAUAAAGAUCCACCACCACCUGUUCAAACUAUUAAGGAAAUUUUGCCUGCUCUAAAUGUACUUAUACAUCACACAGAUAUCAAUAUUCUUGUGGACACAAUUUGGGCAGUCAGCUAUUUGACAGAUGGUGGUAAUGAACAAAUUCAAAUGGUUAUAGACAGUGGUGUAGUGCCCCGUCUUAUACCACUUCUCUCGCACAAAGAAGUUAAGGUGCAAACGGCUGCAUUAAGAGCAGUUGGUAAUAUCGUAACGGGCACAGACGAGCAAACACAAACUGUACUAAAUUGCGACGCGCUCUCAUAUUUCCCCAAUUUAUUAACUCAUUCGAGGGAGAAAAUUUGUAAAGAAGCUGUUUGGUUCCUGUCAAAUGUAACUGCUGGUAAUCAGUCUCAGGUUCAAGCAGUCAUAGAUGCUGGAUUACUGCCUCUUAUUAUUCACAAUUUAAUGAAUGGUGAAUUCCAAACGCAAAAAGAAGCAGCAUGGGCAAUUAGCAAUUUAACAAUAAGUGGCAAUGAAGAACAAGUUGCGCGGAUGAUACAAGAAGGCGUUAUCGCACCCUUUUGUAAUCUCCUUGACUGUAAAGAUACUCAAGUUAUACAGGUUGUUUUAGACGGUAUACAUAAUAUGCUCAAACUUGCUGGAUCACAAGUUGAACAAUUGGCUAAUAUGAUUGAAGAAUGUUCAGGGUUGGAUAAGAUUGAAGCAUUGCAAAAUCACGACAACAUAGAUAUUUACAAAUUAGCAUACGAAAUUAUUGAGCAAUACUUUUCGGAAGACACAAAUGACACGAAUCUGGAACCACACGUUGUGGAAUCAACAUUUGAAUUUGAUCAGACGACAAGCAUUUCGAACGAAGGUUUUAAGUUCUGAGAGGGCCUCCAUUAUUUCUUAUCUGAUCGUGCCGUCCCCCGACAAACUCCAUUAUGGAGUUAUUCUAUUUACCCUUUUAUAUUGUCUCAUUUUUACUCCUACAAUAUCAGUGAUAAUUUCAAUAUGCCAUUACCGAAUCAAAGAUUAUAUUUGGUUUCGCUGAUUUAAAAACAUAAUUAUGAAUGGCCGAUGUUUUAUCAGAAAAAAAAGAAAAAAAGAAAAAAAAAAGAAAUUAGAAGGAUAAAGGAAGGAUAAAGUUGUGGGACGAGAAAGUUUCUUAUAAAAUAAGAAUCUGUGUUUUUUUCUUUUCAAAUCUUUUAUCAAUGUAUACGUUACCUUGUUUCCUUUUCCAAUUACAUGAAAAUUAUCGGUGGAGCGGUACUUAACCGAAUGCAGCUAAUGACAUGCAUUAUACCGACUAAAUUAUUGUAGUAAAUUAAUUGACUUGCUCUCUACAUUGAAGAGCAACGAGGAAAAGCCCUUUUUAUUAUGCUGCUCUCCACUCUAACUUACGAGAUGAGUCUUGGUUAGUGAUGUUACAUUUAUAAAACAGUUCGUGUAUAUUUUAGGCAUGUUAAAUUUAUAAUAAUAUUGAUUACUAAAUAAAUAAAUCAAUUGACUACUCUUUAUUAGCUUAA